AGUCUCCUUGUCAGUUUAGCUACAGCAGAUUUCUGUUGAGUGAGACGGACAGCAGCGGCGAAGCAGGAAGGGAUACAGACCGCUGGUCCCCUAAAUAGAGAACCCAUUUAAACAAUGAAACCGUCGAUGAAUUUCACUACAGAACACGAGUAAAACGACUUAAACUAUUUAUAUCGUUAAUUCAAUGACGUAACGUUGUUCGGUUGAAGCCUGAGGGUAGCAGCCUGCUAGCGAAGAGAAGAGAAGAAGGGCUGUGUGUCAUUGAGAAGACAGGACACGUCAAGACGAGGAAGAAAAACCUGACAAGCCGUCGCUAAGCCGUACCAGUAGACGAUACAAAAAAGACCUGUUCGACUAACUAACGACAAGCGAGUUGUCAGUUAACGAGCACAGAAUCGUCUGCGGUUGUCGCAUUGGAGCGGAUCUUCUUCCAGUCAUCGCCUCGGAUCAAGGAGAUAGUAAGGAUAAGAAUACCGUGUCGCAGCCUUGACUGGAAAACAUAAAUGGGGGAUUACGGGUUUGGAGUCUUGGUACAAAACAACACUGGCAACAAGUCUGCUUUCCCUGUACGAAUUCACCCACAUUUGCAACCUCCUCAUCAUCAUCAAAACGUGACGCCGAGCCCUGCUGCUUUCAUAAACAGCACCACAGCUGGAAAUGGCAGCACCGCCGGGUCUCCUUGGCUGUUCCCAGCUGCCACAGCCCAUAACAACAUGCAAGAUGACAUGGGCACCGACAAACCCAAAGUUGAGCUGCAAGAGACGCAAGAUAAGCAGCAGCAGCUCUCCCCUGUCCACCAAGAAGGUGGCAUCAUUUCUGAGCUUGAGAAAGCUCGCUCGGAAGAGAGCAAACCUGAGAAUGGCACAUCUGAGGGCACUAAUGGUAAGGAGAAGCUGCGUCUCGAGUCCCCUGUCCUGUCACCGUUUGACUAUCAGGAACCGUCUGGACUGGGCACAGCUGUCCAGUCCAGUACUUCCUCGUCCUCCUUGACCAGCUUUAACAACUGGUCUGCUGCCAUUGCGCCAACCCCGUCAGCCAUUGUCAAUGAGGAUGUGGGUUUCUUUACCCCGGCCAGCAACGGCCCACUGCUAUUCCAGAACUUCUCACACCACGUAGGCCCAGGCUUCGGCGGCAGCUUCUCUCCUCAGAUUGGUGCUGUGUCUCAGCACCAUGCUCCUCCGCCCCACCCGCACUUCCAGCACCAGCAGCAUCGUCGCUCCCCAGCCAGCCCUCAUAAUCCUCCACCCUUCCCCCACCGUGGAGCCACCUUUGGCCAACUUCCUCAUCUCUCCAGUGGCCUAAGCAAACCACCCUCUCCCUGGGGUGCAUAUCCCAGCCCCUCACCUUCACCCUCUUCAGCCUCCUGGAGUCCAGGCAAUGGUGCAUAUGGGUCUGGUUCUGGCUGGGGAGGGUCUCGAGGUGCUGACUUUCGUCGUGGCUUGAAUGGUGCUGUGAAUCCACUCAGCUCUGUCUCACCACUUAAGAAGACCUUCCCAAACAAUCACUCAGCCUCACAGAAGUACAACCGCCCUGGUACCACAUUCACCCCCAAGACCUGGAUGGAUGAGACCGUCGGUCGAAGCGACAAUGUCUUUCCCUUCCAGGAGCGCACGCGAUCAUUUGAUGGCUUCAGCAUGCACUCCUUGGAGAACUCUCUAAUUGACAUCAUGCGGGCUGAGCAGGACACCCUGAAAGGUCGUCUUGGAUUCACCCAUCCAGGAGGAGACAGCCCUUUGCCUAUAAAUGGUCACUCGUCCCUGUUCCCAAUGGAGGAUGGCUUUCCAGACGAGGAAAGAGCAGAGCAGAGUUUGCCUGGCCUAGGCUCUCCCCACUGCUUUCCUCACCAGAAUGGAGAACGUGUGGAGCGUUACUCACGCAAGGUCUUUGUGGGUGGUCUACCCCCAGAUAUAGAUGAAGAUGAAAUUACUGCUAGUUUCCGUCGCUUUGGGCAUCUGUUUGUGGACUGGCCUCAUAAGGCGGAGAGCAAGUCUUACUUUCCACCAAAAGGUUAUGCAUUCCUUCUGUUCCAAGAUGAGAGUUCUGUCCAGGCUUUGAUUGAUGCUUGCAUUGAAGAAGAUGGCAAGCUUUACCUAUGUGUGUCCAGCCCUACCAUUAAAGACAAACCUGUCCAGAUACGACCUUGGAAUCUGAAUGACAGUGACUUUGUGAUGGAUGGAUCUCAGCCACUGGAUCCGAGAAAGACCAUUUUUGUUGGUGGAGUUCCACGCCCUUUACGUGCAGUGGAGCUCGCUAUGAUCAUGGACAGGCUGUAUGGUGGUGUGUGCUAUGCGGGGAUUGACACGGACCCUGAGUUGAAGUACCCUAAAGGAGCAGGGAGGGUUGCCUUUUCUAAUCAGCAGAGCUACAUUGCUGCUAUCAGUGCUCGUUUUGUACAACUGCAGCAUGGAGAGAUCGAUAAACGGGUGGAAGUGAAGCCAUAUGUCUUGGACGACCAGCUGUGUGAUGAGUGCCAGGGCACACGAUGUGGAGGCAAAUUCGCUCCUUUCUUCUGCGCCAAUGUCACAUGCCUCCAGUAUUACUGUGAAUACUGCUGGGCGGCCAUCCACUCGCGUGCUGGCCGAGAGUUCCACAAACCACUGGUGAAGGAGGGUGGUGACCGACCUCGCCACAUCUCUUUCCGUUGGAACUAAGGUUACACAGGCAGGGAGUGAGAGAGACAAGGGAGAGAAGGGUAGGAGUCGCAAAAUCAUUGUCUAAUAAAUGCACUUUCUGUUGCUGUUUCCUUUUUAGUUUAAUUUGGAGAAAAAAAAAUGUCAUUCAUUUUAAUUUUUAGUCGACGUCAAUCCAAAAAAAUGUUCAGGAAGAAAAUACAAUGUGUGAUGCAUCUCUACUAUUUAGGUAACGCCAUUAGAUUUUAUUUACUUGGUGCACAGACAUGAAAUAUUGAGUAUUGGUAAUUUGUUCUUCAGUACCUGUUGUGGUUCAAUUAGAAGUAUUACGUUUUAUUUUUAUUUGAUUCAAAAGGCUACAGAGCAGACAUGAAAAGGUGUUGCAAAGAGUGCACUUACAAUUCUGAUUAGCGUGCAAAUGCAGUUUAGGAGCCCAGUGUAUAACCAAAGCUUAAUUGGGUUUUAGGAACAGCAAAAUAACUGAAAUUCUCUCUCUUAGACACACACACUCACACAUACACAAAAUAAUUCAAAACAAUUGAUUCCGCAUCAGAAGUCUGGGCUUGAUCUCCUUUUUUUUGCAGGAAAACUUAUACCUCAAGCUUAGCUGCUAGUUUGUUGAGCAAGAUUUAGAAAUCAAGCUGGUCUCCCCUUUACAUGCUGACCACAGAAAAGGGAAUUGACAGCAGAAAAGACAGUUAGAAAGUCUGUGUUGUCACUUCCUGAAUUAAAAAUAAGAUUAGCAGUGAAACAGCAUUCUUCUGGGGAAUGCAUGGUGUUGAGGAUGCAGUCGUCUGCAUAUGAGCUGGUUUAACAGCAAGGAAUUUUAAUUGCAUGGUGCUCUGCAGAACUAAAAAUAGCUUUCUUCAACUUAAGACUGGCAAUUCUUAUUUUGUCCAACAACGUAUGCUAACUUCCAGGCCACUUUCAACCUUACACAGGUUUAAUGGCAGAAAGAAAAGUGCUAAAUAUAUUUACGAAAAAAAUACCCCAUAUACCUCCUGUUCUGCAGUAUCCACUCAGCUGAAGUUUUGAAGCAUAACUGAAGGUAGAUCACUUUACCACACUAUUUUAUCCACUUUGACUUGCAACAUAAUUUUUUUAAUUUUUAAUUUUAUUUAUUUUAUUUUAUUUUUAAAUAAAUCUUCAGACAUUAGGGAACCAAAGAUGGCUGUGCAGUAGUGAGUAAGAUGGCUCACUCUUUUCUCCUUCAAGUGAAAGUCUCAUUUCAGUUUAUUAUUUUUUGCCCCUCACUCCCUUCGAUAUUUGAGACUAGAUGAACUCCAACGAACCAAAGAUUGGCCUUGAAUUGAUAAGCAUGCAGUCAAAAUCCAGAGUAACACUAGUGAAAAAACAGUGAACAAAGUGCAUGCUGGCUUUUUUGCAAGUCCACCUGCUUCUUUUCCAAAGGUCAAAAAAGGAGACGUAUGUAGUUCAACAGUCGGGUAUCAUUUUGAGAAACUGCUAGCUGUUUUGGAACUGACGUACUUUGAAUAAAACGUCCAGUUCAAGUAAUUAUUCCAAACUUUGACCAUCUGAUAGUGCUAGCAUAAAAUGUCAGGGACAUAGUGAUGAAUUAUAAACUUCAUACACUAGUGAGAAACGUAUCCUCACGUUGGCUUGAUGUUCCAGCGCACCCACUCAGCACCACCACUUAAGCUCGUGGGUGUUAUGGUUAUACAUUUUAGAAGUUCAAACACUUUUUGAAGAAUUUGCUGUUAAUGAGAUGAUAAAGAUUAUUUUCUACAUGGCCUAAUGAUUUUUGGUACAGUGUUUUCUAGCUAAAUUAUUUUGUCAUGCACAUAUGAACAUUUAUUAUGCACUACUUUUCUAAAUAAUUUUGUUUUUCAACAGUCAUUUUAGGCACAUUUUUCACAGAUGGGAAAACUCCUUUUUGCAAUACCUCAAUUUUUCGCAUUGUGAAAGGUAGCUUUUGUACUUUUGUUACUGAGAGAUCUGCAUAUAUGGAAAUUUUCUUUUAAGAAAAAAAGUCAAGUGAUUUUAAUAUAUAUUAUUUUCAAUUAUGCUUUUUAUACAUUUCAGUGCUGAGGAAUCUUUACAACUAAGCGCACACUUGAGUUGAUGCGACUUCAGAUCUGCAGAGGAAAGAUCAAAAUAUAUCGUUUAAGGUCUUGCAUCUUGUACACUAGACUUUAAUGACAAUAUAUAUUAAAAAAAAAAUUUAAUAGCAUGGCAAGAACAAGUUGUCAUUAAAUUAAUGUUAAUAUUAAAAAUGGUUAUCCUAGUUGGAAAUACUUGUCAUUUUGGUUUCCUCUCCAUAGCUGGAAUAUAAACUAUAAUCUAAGGAGAAUGCUGAAUUUGGCUGACACUAGUAUCACAAGAAUGGAUGUUUGAUGUUUAGAUAUUUUACCAUUUAAAAAUAUAUAUUCUUGAACUGCCAAAUAGCGCCUAUUGUAAUCCUUAGCAUGCAUGAUGACAAAAAUAAGUACAUGAAUUAAAUAUGGAAAAUUAAUUGUUGUGGUUGUGCACCAGAUGUUUCUAAACUUUUAAUUUGUUAAGGACACCCUGCACCCUCUUGUAUAUUACUCUUUUACGCCUUCCCCAUAAUCCAGUACAUUCAGGACGCACAGGAAAAAAGCUAACAAAUUAGCAAAGAAAGUACUUUCAGAAUUAAAAAAAAUAAUUAGCCGUGCAGAACGAGCAAUUUAUCAGACACUGUUGAACAGACUUGAGAACUUCAUCCCUACUGUCUGUCUGAGGUAAAAUCAGAAACCUAUUUGGAGGAAGGGGAACCUUAAGACUUGAAUGUGGUAAAUGUUGCAAGUUAACUUCGAGUUGUUAUGUGCAAUACUUUUUUUGAACCUUUUUCCAGAUAAGGACUCUUUGCAAUGUAAUUCUUUAAUGCCAUUUUUAAUUGCUGACAUUUAAAAGAAGAUGUUAAUAUGUUUUUCACAGUCAUUUUCUACUGUUAUUGUAAUCCUUUUCAUGCUGGUGUUUGUAAAAAAGAACAGAAAUCAAAACUAUUUGUACUAAUAUAAAAUAAUUGAAGUUAUUUUUAAAACAUUAAAGGUUUUUGUGCUCAUUUGCUUAUUUUAUUUCAAGCUACUGUGAUUGCAUUGUAAUUAUUAGGUCAAUAAUGUAUUUAGCUGUUUAUUGGUAUAUUUUUAAUUGGAAUGUAUAAUUAAUUUUUAUAAUUUUGAUCAGAUUUUUGUUAUAUUUUUGAGGUGAAGCUUUUAAUAUGUUAAAGUGUCUAGUUUUUACUAAUUGCUAUAUUGUGCUCCACAAUAUAUGGUUCACAUUUUCUGAAGGAAAAGAAAUAUUUAAAUAUGUCUGUUAAUGAUGUUACUUAAUGGCAAAAUUUCAAUAGUUUUUAACUUGUGUAUGGGAAGGUUGUUGUAUUUAUUAAUAGCAUUUUUUUACUUAAGAUAUCACCUUAAUUUGUAUUGUCAUUUCACUUUAUAAGUUCCUAUUUUUGUAUUUUCCUUUGUAAUUAAGUUAUGUUAUACAAAUGUCCAUAUUCUAGGAGUUGGUCUGUAAGUGCUAGUGAAACAAAAAGAAAAAUCUAAUGUUAUUUAAUUGUUUGCAGCCAACUAUUUAUAACAAUAUGCAUAAUUUUUAAAUAUUUGUAAUGUGAAAUGUUGAAUGAAUAAAUCUUAACUGUGACAGA